AUGACCCGGUAUGUCUGUCUAACCCUCUGCGCGUGGACCCCCCCUGUUUCCACGGAACGCACGGCCGACGAGGUUCUGGUGCGAGUCUUGACGGCCGGCAUUGCUGGCGUCGACAACAUGCAGCGUGUGGGCGGCUACCCGGAUCCUCGCUGCUCCAAGCCCGGCUUCACACCAGGCUAUGAAUUUGUCGGCGAAAUUGUUCGUCUGGGUCCCUCCAUGAUCGGAACCUGCUCGCCGCAAAAAUUCGAAUACGUCAAGUCGCUCGGUGUCAUUCCCGUUGAUCGCUUUGCCCCCGAUCUCGUCGACCAGGUCUGCUCCUUGAGCGGCGGCAAGGGUGUAGAUGUGGCCUACGACGCUGUCGGAAGCGAGGAGAGCCUGAAGCGAAGCCAUCAGGCCACCAAGAAAGAUGUUGGCCAAGUCAUCUCUAUCGGAGUGAUGGAGGGGACCCAGGAAAACGGCAACGGGCUCCGUCACACUCCCGAAGAAUUAUUCCCACUUCUCUUCUCGCGGAUGCAGGCCCGGACGAGCUUAUUCACCGUCGUGCCGUCCAACGACAAAGAGUCGAAAGCUGUCGUUGUCGACGAUUUCCGGGCAAUUGUAGCCAAGGUUCGGAUGGGGAAAUUGAACCCCGAGAUUGUGAAGCUGUAUCGACUGGACCAAGCUGUGGAGGCGCAGGAGGCUAUCAUAUCUGGCAAUAAUAUCAGGGGCAAGAUGGUAUACGUUGUAGAUGGAGAGUUGGCAGCGAGACAAGAUCUCUGA